AUGUACCUGAUCACUGUGUUUGGGAACCUGCUCAUCAUCCUGGCCGUCAGCUCUGACUCCCGCCUCCACACCCCCAUGUACUUCUUCCUGGCCAACCUAUCCUUUGGUGACAUCUGCGUCACCUCCACCACCGUCCCAAAGAUGCUUUGGAACAUCCAGACACAGAGCAAACACAUAACCUAUGAGGACUGCAUCACACAGAUGUAUUUUUUCCUGCUCUUUGCAGGAUUAGACAUCUUUCUUCUGACAGUGAUGGCCUAUGACCGCUUUGUGGCCAUCUGUCACCCCCUACACUACAUGGUCAUCAUGAAUCCCCGGCUCUGUGGACUGCUGGUUCUGGUGUCCUGGCUCUCGGUUGUCUCCUUAUUUUAUUGUACGAGCCUAGGAGUGUACCUCAGCUCUGCUUCUACCCAGAGCUCCCACUCGAGUGCCACAGCCUCGGUGAUGUACACGGUGGUCACGCCCAUGAUGAACCCCUUCAUCUACAGCCUGAGGAACAGAAACAUAAAGAGGGCUCUGAAAAGAAUCGUUGGGGUUCCAGCAAUGCAUGGGACAUUCAUCCUGAGGCUAAAGACGUGCCCAUGA